AGAGGAACCUGCGAUGGAGAAGAAAGGCAGAUUCAUAAAGCCGGCCGUGGCCUCGAGCCCCCAGCCGCCGUCGGCGCCUCGGAAGGAAAGGAGGCUGAGCAUGUUCGAGAAAGAGGCAUAUGCGCAGAUCUUAAAGGAGAGACUUCGAGACUCGAUUCAAGAUGUGCAGUACGUAGAGCCUCCCUUCGACGACUCGAUCGUCGACAUAGGCAAGGAGUGGAAGAGUGCCCUGGCGAAGCUCAAGUUCGCCAACUCGUACAGAAUGGAGCCGCUGAAGAAGUUCCAGGCCCACACCGUGGAGGUGAAAGUCCAGCAGAUAUUAACGGACACCCUUAAAGAUGUGAAAUAUGAUCAGAAGGUCUUCUCUCAUUUGUCACUUGAAUUGGCAGACCGCAUAUUGUCAACCGUCAAGGAAUUUGGGUUCAGCCGUUACAAGUUCAUUAUAAAAACAUUAUUUAUUCAAAAGACCGGCCAGGCAAUAAAUGUUGUCAGCAGAGGCAUCUGGGACGUUGCUUGGGACAGCUGGGUUGCAGCCAAACAUGAAGCCGAGAGUUACGUUGCGUUGGCCUUGGUAUUUGCUCUUUAUUGUGAAUAG